UAGCUCAGCGAGCAGUGGGGCUAGCUCAGUCUACAGCGAGGAAGCGCGCAGCAUACAUCUACACGCGUUAUUACUGAACCACUAAAGUACAGUCAGUAUACAUUUACAGCUACAGUAUACGCGUCCUUACUGUGCAUUUACUUCCCAUGGAACAGAUCGUGGAUUUAUUAUCUACAAUCAAUUUACACUAGUUUGCCAUUUUUAAUCUUCAUAUGAAGUUGUGAUCGGAUCCUGUGAAAACCACCAGCAGCCAAUUCCCCCUUGACAUUACCAGUUCCUUCUGUAAACCCGACCCCCUCACCAUGAGAACCGCAGAGGAAUCGUCCGGCACGGUCCUCCACCGGCUGAUCCAGGAGCAGCUCCGAUACGGCAACCUGACAGACACUCGCACCCUGCUGGCCAUCCAGCAGCAGGCCCUGCGAGGGGGAGGUAGUGGAGGGGGCGCGGGCAGCCCUCGCUCCUCCCUGGAGAGCCUGACCCAAGAUGAGUGUCAGCUGGUCCACCUCUCCACCAGACAGGAGCCCCAAGGACAGGAGCAUCAGGGCGACCACCAGCACUCCGAGAGCUCCCAGCGGUGCCUCUACCAGCAUCACGGAGAGGAGCUGCCCACCUACGAGGAAGCCAAGGCCCACUCCCAGUACCUGGCCUCCCAGGGGCUGCAGAUGGGCUUCCCCUUAACCAUGGAGGACACUAUGAGUGUCCACCAUGAUGAUGGCCUGAAGGACCUGAAGCAUGGCCACGUGCGUUCUCUCAGUGAGCGCCUCAUGCAGCUCUCUCUAGAGAGGAAUGGAGCGAAACCCCACUCAGCCAUGAGCUCCUCACACAGCUACCCUCAGCUCUCCAAAAACUACGCCCACCAGGGCUCCCAGUUGCAGCAGCAGCAGCAGCCAGCAGACCAUCGAGGCCCCCCACCAGAGUACCCUUUCCUGGUCAAGUCUCCCGGGCCCAUGCUGAGCCACUCCCAGGAGCAGGGACACUACUACAACAAGCCCCCUCCCUCCUUCCACCAUCACACCCACAGGUAUGUGCAAGCCCAGCCCCCACCACACCACCAGGCUGCCAGGCACAGCCCUCUCUCUACACUGACCCCUGCUGGAGUGGAGGCCUUCCUAGCUGCCCAGGCAGCCUCAUCCAGCAGCCAGGUGGCCCAGAUGGAGAAGCUAAGGAGGGAGAACGAGAGGCUGAGGAGGGAGGCGGAGGGGUACAGCGAGAAGGCAGCCCGCAUCCACAAGUUGGAAAUUGAGAUCCAGCGCAUAUCUGAAGCCUACGAGACAUUGAUGAAGGGCUCUGCAAAACGGGAGGGUCUGGAGAAAGCCAUGAGGAACAAGAUGGAGGCAGAGAUCCGGAGGCUACACGAUUUUAACCGGGAUUUGAGAGAUCGUCUAGAAACUGCCAACAAACAGCUGACAGCGAAGGAGAUGGAAGUUUCAGAUCAAAACCAGAACAGCAUGGCCAAGCUCCUAACACAAAGCCGCACGCUGCAGUGUGAGAAGGAGCGGUCUGAGCGGGAGGAGUCAGCCCUGCGCAGCUCAAACGAGGAGCAGCGCUGCAGGCUGCAGGUGCUGGAGCAGGCGCUGGGUUGCGCUCAGAGCAAGGUGGCCCGGCUGGAGGAGGAGUUGUGCAGGAAGAGAGCAUACGUGGAGAAGGUGGAGCGGCUGCAGCACGCCCUGUCCCAGCUGCAGACAGUCUGCGAGAAGAGGGAGCAGCUGGAGCAGAGACUGCGCACCCGGCUGGAGCAAGAGCUGAAGGCACUGCGCUCACAGCAGCGUCAGGGCAGUAGCCAGGGCCUGCCCCCCCCCUCGGAGCAGAGCACCCUCCAGCUGAUGGAGUGUCUGCGUGAGAAGGAGGAGCGCAUCCUGGCUCUGGAGGCCGACAUGACCAAGUGGGAGCAGAAAUACCUGGAGGAGAGCACCAUGAGGCAGUUUGCAAUGGAUGCGGCUGCCACUGCUGCAGCACAGAGAGACACUACCAUCAUCAACCACUCCCCCCGACACUCUCCCAACAGCAGCUUCAAUGAGGACCUGGUCUUGGCCAGCCACCGCCACCAAGAGAUGGAGAAUAGAAUUCGUGACCUGCACACUCAGAUCCUGGAGAAGGACGCAGUGAUCAAGGUGCUGCAGCAGCGGUCCCGUCGAGACCAGGGCAAGGGGGAGCAGCCUGUCCUGCGGCUGGCCAAAUCUGUCCCCUCCAUCGCCAGCACCACCGCGGCCACACCGAUCUGGCACAGCCCCGGCUGCACCGCUGUGCACCGAGGAGCCAUGGUUAAGAGCCUGUCGGACGACCAGACAGCAAGCUCCUCCUCCACCUCUGUGCCCCUGACCACUCGCUCCAAACACGGCAGUCAGGAUGGGAGCACCCAAACUGAGACAACCUCGCCAGAGCCCUCCCCCAGCAAUGAGCCCACUGCCACUGCCAGUGAGGAGCCCCAAGCAGCACCCGCCACUUUCGAUAACUCGGAGCAACUGGCGCCCUUCAGUGCCUAUAGGAGCCUGGACAUGCUGGAGGGAGACAUGGUUGAAUUUCUUAUCUGAGGAAUUCUGAGAGAUUUCAGAAAAGAGCGGUCUGGGCCAAGCUUCACUGCUGAGGACCCCCCCCCCCCUCCCUCCCUCCCUCCCCCUUGGAACUUUAUGUGUAACAAGGUGACAGUGAGAGGCGGGUCUGGGACGAUAGAAACUGAUCUCCAAACCAGCGCUCUGCUGCAAGAAAAAAGCAAGGAGACUGAAGAACGUUGAGAAAAAAAUAAACAUAAACUGGACAAUGAAGUAAAUGCUGUGAACUGCAGGCAUACACAGGAAGACAGAUGAGCUUGCUCUGUGUGCUGGUCUACAAUACAAUGAAAUCACAUGGAGAAGACAGAAGCUUAAGGAGGCUACUCUUGAUAGUUUUCCUUUGCCUGUUGCAAGGGAUACUGUGCAAACCCCUGUGUUGCGUGGGACAGUAUUUUACACGGACGCUGCAAGCGGCUCAAUGGAGUGGAUAACGGACGUUGCAUAUUUUAUAUGUUGUAUAUUGCUGCUUCUUGUGAGAGAAAUAUGAACGAGGGAGGGAGUGUGUGAGCGGAACUUAUGCAGUACAUCAUUCGGGGCUUUUGAAAAAUAUUGCUUAACUUACUAUAUUAUUAUUAUUAUUAUUAUUAUAUAUAUUUUUUUCUUUACCAAAGUCUUAUUACCCUGUCUCCUAUUUAAUUUUUAUGCCGUUGUUUUUGUGUGUCUCAAGUUCUGUGAAACAAUCUUUAGUGUUCAGGAAGCUCAUGUCUCUUUACAUGAAAGCUAUCCUUAGAUUCCCAUCUGUGACUGUAACUCUCCAGUCGCCUUGGUUACCAGGUCUGAGCGGCCUACGUAUGUACGGGCUACAGUAGGCCCUGUCUCUUUGAAAUGGUGCGCUAGGUUGUUCAACACUUCACAAGCCAUACUACGAAGGACUAUGUGGCCUUUUUGGACCAGAGUGUUCAAACAUUCUUGGCCACUUCCAAAAAAAUGUAUGUAUUGCUAUUUUUGCUUUUGCUAUUUUUAAUUAAAGCUAGCAAGUGAAAAACAAAGUCUUUGAUCUUGAAAGGGCCCUGUAACAAAUGAUUUCCUGUUUAACAAAAGAGGCCCCCUGUAAAACUGAAAGCCAACGCUACAUCAAAUUGACGAUCGGUUUGAUUAAUAGCCUGGGUGGCAAAAACUGCUGUGCAUUGUCACAUGUUACUAGCAUGAAAGUAAAGUCAAAAUUCAAAGCAAGAUCCCUGUUGACAAACAGCAGUUCGGUCCCGACCAUGAAGACUGUAGACGUGCAUGCUGCUAGUCGUUCCUGCGUUCCAGGGAAGCAGUAACAGCCAAUCCCAAAUUCCUCCUGACAGAUGGAAUGUGACUCAAAAGCAAUAGCUAGUCCUGCCUAUUUCAGAUGCCCUCCUUCACUGAUCUCAAGCAUCUCAGUGUUGCUUCUUUUAGUUGUGUUUCUUAUCCCGGGUGCAUUCCCACUGGCAGCUGGUUGUGUCUAGUGCUGGUUUCUAAAUCAGAGAGGCAUUGAAGCACGGUAACUCUGGAGUUAUCCCACUUCUGCCACCAUUAGGAUCCUUAAACGCACUGGGAACUGGAAAAGAUUGGCCAUUGGUUGUAUUGUUUUAAAGAAUCCCUUUUUGUUUUGUAUUUUUCAAGUGCAAUGCAUUUGCUGGCCAGUGCUUUGUAUUGGAAACUGUAGUGUGCCUCCAUAACUUUUUGUGUUCUUGUUGCUGUUUUGUGCUUUGUUUACAAAAAUAAUAUUGUGAAGUGAGAAAACUUAACUUAAUAUAUUUUGUAUAAAUAUUUGUAUUCAAUGAGUAUUUAGUCACAUGAACAUCAUGCCAAAGACAAUUUGAUGCAUUCUUAUUAAGUUAUAACAGUAAGUAUUUAAAAAUGUAAACUUGAGCAUAGCAGUCCACCACAUGGUCUGCCCAUACUUGGAGGUUGCUGUGAGCUUCUUUCUGUGGGGUUUUUGUAUUGAAAUGUCGGUCACAUUUCAUUAAUAAAAUAAAAAUGUAAUAUAUAUAUCUA